CUCGAAUAACCGGUUUUUGUCAGCCUUCGUGCCGGAUAAUCGCCUCUUCACUGUAUUUUUUGUUUCCUUGUGUCUUCGCGAACCGGCUGUGCUAAAAUUUCUGCUACAAAAUAGUAAUUGCGGUCCCAUUUGACCGAUCGAAUAUCUACAUCAUACUGCAAACGUAACCGCACGAACCGAGCCCUCCACUGAGCGUACUACAAAUCGGAGGGGAUUUCCGUACGAUCUCUCCCGCAGCUGCCAAGUGUCUGUGUGUGUGUAUGUGUAUGCAGCAUCGCGUUGGCGAUGGUACGGUGCUUGUGACUGAAGGAGAGGAAGUGUGAGCAGCAGACUGCGUAGAACAAAACAUCCGGAAGUGAUACGAAACGACGUUGCGAGUAGCAUCCGGUCAGGACGAAACUGUCCAUCGAAGCACCCAGAGGCAACAUCCUGCCCCGGAUGUGCGGUGACAUAUCGGACGAAGAUGGGCGCGAUAGAUUCCGUGUGCAAUCGUAGCAUUCAUGCUCAUUCGUGCGACCUAAGCUAGUUCACCCUUGCUCGGCUCCUGCAAACGCCUGCGAAAACGAAAGGUGAACCGGGAUAGUCGAGUGAAUUAGCAGGUGCCUACGCUGCGCAAGAGGACGACAACGACGACGACGACUUUUUUUUUGGUACACGCAAAUAGAGCCAACGACGAAAAUCAAGACGAAGACGUAGACGGGAACCACUGACUAAAUACCGGACAGGACAGGACGAAACGCAUCGGCCGGCAGUGAUAGAUAGUGUGAUCGUUGUACUCGUGUGUGUUUGUGCGUCCGUAUGUGGACAAGCGAGUGUUCGAAUGCGUGUGCGCGCGCGUGUGUGUGUAUGGUAUGGUUGUGCACGUAAUGUGAAAAGCUGUUCGUCGUGUUGCAUUCGUGCGUGUGCCUCUAGUGGUCCAUCGGUCGUUCCAUUGUGGCCGUGUGUGCUAGUGUAGGUGUGCGUGAUUGUGUACGCGUGUAGUGCGGCUGGUGCAGCGGAGUGUAAAGUGGAGAGGAACCAAAAAGAUCACCGUGUAACGGGAGCAGCAAGAGGCAAGAGGUCGUUGCGCCGCAGUAAAACCACGAAACACAUAUACGCGCAAUCCAUCCACACACACACACACACACACGAAAAAAAGGGGCGAAAAAAAACAUCGUCCUGCAGCCGUUCCCGACAUCAUCUGACAUCAUCACACAGAUUGGUGUGUUUACUGCAUCUCCGCCCCCGUAUUCGCGAUACGAGCAAACGGUGUCGAGAAAGAAAUAUCGUCGAUCAUAUCCCGAACCGGCGUUUGACUUGCGUUACUUUUAUCCCAAUAAUUUGCAAAAAUGGUUAAGGAAAAGCCAAACUCGAUACGAAUCUACGACAAGGACGGAUACCGUCGACGGGCGGCAUGUAUUUGCGUACGAUCGGAGGCAGAGGCUGAGGUUUUGUUGGUCACCUCAUCUAGAAGACCGGAACUGUGGAUCGUGCCAGGUGGUGGUGUCGAACCGGAUGAGGAAGCUUCCCUGACAGCGACCAGGGAGGUACUGGAAGAGGCUGGAGUAAUGGGUCAGCUUGGCCGUUGUCUCGGUGUGUUCGAGAACAGCGAACAUAUGCACCGCACGGAAGUGUUUGUUAUGGUCGUCACCCAAGAGCUGGACGAGUGGGAAGAUUCGAAAACGAUCGGCAGAAAGCGGCAGUGGUUCUCGAUCGAGGAGGCCAUGUCGCAGCUGGCGCUGCACAAACCGACCCAGCGCCAUUACCUACAGCAGCUGCGCCAUUCAAAGCACCGAACGACCUCAUCAUCGGACCCGCCACCGAUCAUAUCCGAAAACGAUAACGAUGACUUUACGAGCGAACCAGUCAUGAACAACUGCACGGCGCCGGACGAUGCUGCCGGUGAGAAGGAUACGACAACCGAGUCAACUCCUACCACGCCUCCUGCCUGCACCACAACAGUGACAGACGACGACGGUGAACCUACGACUGUGGCCGAUACCGACUCACUACCACCGACCUCAACCACUUAAAUCUCCACAUCCCCGAUCACGUUUUGAUUAUCGACUAUAUCGACACUUUAGUACGCUUCAGAAUGCGAGCUUUCAUCCACAGGAAAGGUUUUUCUUCAUUAUUGUUUUGUCCUCUUUUUGCAUAACAGAUUGUACCGUUUCCAGGCCGCAGCGUGUGUUUUGUUUAUCUGUGUUUGAAACUCGAAUACGUUCAGCAAUGUGUGCAACGACAUAUUUAUAGAUAUUUUUGUCUACACCAUAUUCUGCAUAGAGUAAACGACUGCGUAAAAAUUAACCUAAAUGACUAAGGGGAAUGCUAUAGGAGGACUAACAUAAGCAACGCGCAGAAAACAUCUUAGCUUAACAAUGCUUUGACUUCUGAUUAUUAUGUCUGCUUAUUGCAUGCGCAGCAUCGUGGAUACGAACAAUACCGAAUGUGCUGUGGCGAUUUCCACUACACAUAGAGCCAUUGGAAACUUUCUAAAUAUCAUACCAAAUUUUACAGCUGUGCAUUGUAGCUUCGCCUUAAGAUUUUGGACACCACCGUUUCGAAAAAAAAGUGUUAUGUGAAUGAAGAAGAGAAGGUGCAGUGUAGCGUAGUUUGACCGUAUAGUCGUGAAGAUUAAAAAAAAAUCGAGAUAAUGAAAAUGAGGCCCGUGGAGGAGACUCUCGUUACUAAAAGGCUGUCGUUUUGCUUACCUAUAUUCUGGUUAGCACGGUAAACCAAUCUUACACGGAACAAAAUCGAUUUUUGUCUACGUCAACAAGUAGUGAAGCGUAAUACUAUCGUAAUAUGAGCAGAAUAUCUCACAUCCACUACCACCAAACGUUUAAUAAUGUUUAUUUUUCUCCAAAGCACUACAUGCGAUACAGUUAAACCCCAAUGCAACAACAUUUGUCCGGUAGAUCGAUUUUUGUUUUAAAUUGUGCAGUAUGUUACUGUUUGCAAGUGACUGUGUGAAGUAAGUGGUGCUCAUUUGACAAACCGAAUCAAACCAAUCUACCAAGCGACUAUCGACUAUGUUAGCAUUCAUCAAUCCUGACAAACUCAAAACUAUAAACUUAACAGUAAAGCGCCAUGCAAUGCCAGGCAAUGAAAAUGUAGUAAAAAAGAUGUAGAUUCAUUAAAACUGCAACAACAACAACAAAAAAACACACACAAAAAGAGAAGGAAACUAACAGCAAUGCAAAACAAACACAAGUAAUCCACUAGGCGUAAUAUUUUACGUGUAUCACAAUCCCACUAGAAACUCCCGCUAAAAGUGAUGAGAUUUUUUAAACGCUAAAUACUGUCGAUGCAUCAGCCAGCGAUCAUAUAUCAACAAAUCAGAGACAAACAGACUACAAACAUCUUACAAAUUCGCCAGAAUCACUAGCACGCACGGGGGAGAGAAAUGUUUUCUUUUGUACUAAAUUCUCCUCCCUAACGAACUGCAUCCUGCAACAAUGCAAAUGUGAGAAAGCAGCGACUCUAUAAACAAAGGAACCAGAUAACAAAAAAAAAUCUAAAUUUAAAGAUACUUUAACUGGGGGUGUAUUGUAAACGGAAAACGGUGAUUGUUGCUAGGAACUUGUAUGACCACACGGAUAAUAUUACUAGAGUGAGAAAGAGAAACGGACAAACUUUUAGGGAAAAUGAAUGCAAAACUUUUACUACACCAGUGAACAAUAGCGGUGGCAGUAGCGGUGUCGUUGUGCUGGCAAGGAAGGGAAGAACAAUUAAUCGAACCAACCAAUUUGCUGCUUACUACUACUAACGAUGGAACAGUGUUGGAAGGGAUACAAUGAACGAGCAAGGCAAAAGCCGCCGGUGUAGUAAUGCAGGAUGGUUGCGUUUAGAUUUGCUAAAUUAUAACUAUAACUACUAUACUAAUGAUAUACUUUAUUGUAAUUUAUGAAUACAGACACAGUUAAGCAGCUGUUGGAAAAUGGUAAAAAAAUGAGAUCGGGAACAUUCAGCUCAUGGCACACAUACACCCAUACAUUUGCGCGCUUAUACGAGAAGAAAGCAGGAAACGGCGGCGCAAGAUGAAGCUGAAAUUUUGUUGAAGGUUUUUUUUUGUCAGAUUCAAGUGAGGAAAAGGGUCAGGUUACGGUUUUCAAAAUGACCGGUGUGGGAAAGGGUGCGAAAUGCGAUAGAUACUAACCAUAAGAAAUGAAAGUAAUUAACAUCUUACUCAGUACUGCGAGAAGCAUAGCUCAUCACGGCAAGUUGCACAUGGUGUUUAGAGCAAUAUCUUCUUUAAAAAACACACACACAUACACAAAACAAGAAAAAAACGUUUGGAAGCAAAAUGCGUCAACUGUUUGAAAGUGCAGCCGCUGUGCAACAGUAAGAGUAAAACACGUAAGAAUACAUGAAAUGUAUUUGACUUUAUUAUAAAAGAAAAAGAAAGCAGAAAAGAAAACCAAACGUUGCCGAACAACGAAA